GGGGCCGGCAUGCGGCUCUUCAUCCCCUCAAAGCCCUGUAGCUUUGAGAACAAAUAAUAAGGAAAUUAAUUCUAAUCAUUUGUUGCAAAGCGGAGAAUCUUUUCACAAGACUUCAAGGUGAUACUGUGACAUUAAGAUACACAUUCAACACUUACGCACCAUUUACCUGUUGGUCGCUAAUUCUGACAUUUUGACUCCGUCCUCAGAAAGCUGCCCAUGGUUGAAUAAUACAAACGCUUGAAUUCUGCAAGGACUAUGCAGAACUAUUUGCUUUUUUUGCUAACAAUGCUGGCUUACUUUUAUGCUUUAUAUGUGGUGAGAAUUUAGCAAACAACAAUAAAGGUAAUGUUGAAGAACAAGCACUGGGCAAAAAAAAGGGCAAUUUUGGAAAAGCUGCAAGAGCUGAGCAGAAGAAAUAUACUUUCAAGAAGUGGAUGAACUAAACUCAACUACUGCUUUUAGUAUUGUGGCCGCUCAGAAGAUAGUAAGGCAUCGACAACGCAUGACAAAAGCAUUCAUUGGAAUAUCUUCUCUAUUUUCGGACCUCAAAAACUAACGUAAAUGUAGAGUUGUUCCAGACAUCAGCACACAGAAAGUUGAGGACAUAAACUCAGCUCUACUGACAGCACAAUUAAACAGACAUUCAUGGUAAUAAAUAAAGAGUGGCCUGGGAGAAGAGCAGUGGGGACAGCAGAGAGUCCUGGAGGCAUGAUGGCCUGGUGAUGAACGCCAAGCUGAAGUCCAAAAACAUGUCCCAGUAUAUGUCCCUGGGGGUCUGUGGGGUAGUCCCAUGGUGGUCCGCUCUGAGGAGUUUGAAACCUUCAGAUGACGUGUAGGAUGUGUUCAUCAAAACAGGUUCUACACCAGAUGUAUUUACAGAGGCGCUGUUCAACACGCUACUCCUGCAAAUUCCUUGGAGGGCUGCUGCUCUUCCAACAAGGAAUACUAAAUAUUUAGUGUAUUUACAAUGAAAUCAAAACCCAUCCACACGUUAAAGAGUUGAUCUUUAUCAGUCCUGUAAUUCAUUUUUUGUCAAAAGAUUUGGAAGACCACUUUAGUGCUAGUUUGGUAUGAAAAAGAAAAGUGAUCAUGGUUGUGACUUUGCAGAAGUUUAGAUGUUUAGAUGUACUCGUCUGUCUUGUGGUGGCGCUCUUGUUUGUGACCACUUGUAUUUAAUCUCAGUGAAACUGACACAGGAUGUUCUUCAGACGGCUCUCUAGCAGCUGCUGGUCUGAGCAGCCUUUGUUUCCUUCCUGCAAACUCUGACACUGCAUGUCGUGCCACACUCAACUAGCUGACAGAUAGGAUAGUAGGACUGUGCUGAGAACAAGAGCUCAAGCUGCUGCUUAGAUGUUAGCACACAGGAUUGACCUGGUUGCUUCCGAUACGAAGAAAGAGUGCAGCAGAUCAGUGCCGCUCCAUUAGUAAGGCCUUAUCUUACUCAGAGAAGAGCAAUAGAAAAGCAGCAGCAAUAGGCAGGGUUACAUUGUUUGCUUUUUGAUAUUAUUUGAUUCAAUAUUAACAAGAAAUGUUUUUAAUAGAAUUGAUAGGCUUAAAAGAACACUUGUGAACAACAUGAAUACAUUUGAAGUGGUGGUGUUGUUAGCAGUAACAUAGCCGCAUGAUGCUUGGUUCCGCAUUGUGUUUGUGUCCACCUGAUGAAUGUCCAAAUCCUCUUUGUUUUAGCUUUGGUAUUGUCUUACAUAAGUAGAGAACAAACAGACAUGGCAGCCAGGUGCUUGUUCUUCAUGUGGUACAGUAUUGUGCUAGAAUUCCUUUUACAUGCACUGCUAGCUAGUAAAGGUGUUGAGCCAGUGUUUGGGUCAGAGUCUUCAGCUCUAACCAGGUUGAAAGGUUGUCUAUUGUAGGUAUUGUCACAUGGAAACAGGCUAGGUUCAUAACGGUGGUGGUCAGGUCAUGCACAUUGUCAUGAACAUCCCCCCCCCCAUGGCCUGGGUCAGCAGCUCAAUUGUUUCCCAAAUUAGCCAUCUGAAAUUCUGGGUGUUCUCUGGAGGCUCAAAGUCUUAAUGUAACUUUGUGCACUUCUUUACUGGCCUCAGUGAGUCAUGGGAUUGGUCAGGCCAAGUUGCAUAACCCACAAGACACGGGUCAAUAGAGUGCGCACUAUGUAACAUCACUCACUCACUCACGGCAUGUCUGUUUGGACAGCUAUAUAGGGCUCACUGCAGACUUUACAUCUGCUAAAUGUGACUCUGAGACACUUGCUAAAUCAGAUGUUGAGAACAACAGUUUAUCUUUGUUAGUGGUCAACAGGAUUUUAGUAAUGAUUAUCAGAGUUUAAACUCAAACAACGGUGGACAGAAAAACAUUGUAUGAAGUGUGUGAGCAUGCACACACACACAUACUCAGGACAAUCCUUAUUUCAGGCUUCACCCUGUACCACUUCAUCUAAUAUGUCCGUCUGGCAAUUGAGCUAAUGCUCAUGUGUUUGCCAUAGCAGAGGAAUUUCAUCUGUCUUUGUAACCCCACUCCCACAGUGUGCAGUAUUAAGCAGCAGCUUCACUCAGGCCUGGAGCUGGACUUCAGCCAAGCAACAGUUUGAGUACAAAAUGAGGGAGAUACCGUUUCCUAUUAUAACAAUUCACUGUGUACCUUUUACAAAAUGUGCACAAGUGUGUGGAAGCGUGUUCAAAUAUCAACAAAGUAAAGCAGGAAGUACUGAAUGUUACCUACUGCAAGAGGAAUGUUGUCUUUCUGGACCAGUGCGCAACUUAUUAGGAAAAGUUUAGCUCUGCAUACCUCUCUGAAGCAGUACACAGAGCUAGUGUGGAUACAAUUACAAUUAUGACACUGUUGAUAUUGUAUAUUUUUUUCUUGUCACCAAAUCCCAUGAACAGAGCCAAAGCAACAAUGUGUGGCUCUGACUGUGCCCUCCUUAUUCUGCCCACGCUGCAGGCCGUUUAUUCUGUUACUGAGGGAGAGCAUUCCUGAAUGUGUGUGUGUGUGUGUGUGUGUGUGUGUGUGUGUGUGUGUGUGUGUGUGUGUGUGUGUGUGUGUGUGUGUGUGUGUGUGUGUGUGUGUGUGUGUGGUCACGAGUCACUCUGCCAUAGUGUUGAGAGUCACUCUGCCAUCCCAUAGCACAUCCAGCAGGCUGUCAGCAGGGAGAGGAGUGCCAGGAAUGCUGAGAGGACAACAGGCGGGGGGAAAGGAAGAGUUAGGUAUAUAACCCGUGGACAAAACAGAAAGUUUGUCCGAUGGGUGGCAGCAGCAGCAGGCUGUUUGGUACGUUGGCCCAGUCCCUGAACAGCGCCCCCUUGGCCCAACUGGAGGCAUACCCAGACCAGGACCCGGAGGAGCUGCUGAGACUGUGUGAGGAGGUCCUGCAGAGGCGUCCGGCCCGCCCACACCGCAACCUGGUCUAUCCCAGCAGCAUGGCCCCCCGCCACAAACAAAACUCGUCCAUACGGAUCAUGCAGUGGAACAUUCUGGCACAAGCUCUUGGUGAGGGGAAGGACGGGUUUAUUCGAUGUCCAUUGGACGCUCUUAACUGGGAGGAGAGGAAGUACCUGAUCUUGGAGGAGAUCCUUACUCACAGCCCAGACAUCCUGUGCCUGCAGGAAGUAGACCACUACUACGACACUUUCCAGCCAAUCAUGGCCAGCCUCGGUUACCAAGGCAGCUUCCUGGCCAAACCCUGGUCCCCCUGUCUGGAUGUGGAGCAGAACAACGGUCCUGAUGGCUGCGCUCUGUUCUACCGCCGGUCACGCUUCUCUCUGCAGGCCACAGCUCACCUGAGGCUGUCGGCCAUGAUGCUGCCCACCAACCAGGUGGCCAUCGUCCAGACGCUGAGCUGCCGGGCAACGGGCCGGCGGCUGUGUGUCGCCGUCACCCAUCUGAAAGCUCGGAGCGGCUGGGAGAGGCUGCGCAGUGUGCAGGGGGCAGAUCUGCUGCAGAGUUUACGCAGCAUCACAUCCCAAGGGGGGCCCAGCAGCCCUGAGGAGGGGGCAGGCCCCGUCCCGCUGGUCGUGUGUGGAGACUUUAAUGCUGAGCCCUCAGAGGACGUGUACCGCCGCUUCAGCUCCUCCACACUCCGUCUGGAUUCGGCGUACAAGAUGCUGAGCUCUGACGGACAGACUGAGCCCGCCUACACCUCCUGGAAGAUCCGCCCCUCUGGAGAGAGCUGCAGCACUUUGGACUACAUCUGGUAUACCCAUGAUGCUUUGAGUGUGGACUGCCUGUUGGACAUUCCCACUGAGGAGCAGAUCGGCCCCGACCGCCUCCCCUCCUACCAUUACCCCUCGGACCAUUUAUCCCUGCUCUGUGACCUCAGCUUCAGGGAGGGCCCCCACAUGCUGAUGUAGGCCACCUGGACCAAUAGAAAGACUGCUGAGUGGACACCCUUACUGUCAAUCACAGCAGGGAAACAUUGGAGCGUGAACCAUUUCCAAACAUAAGACACAAUCAUUUUUCUUAUCUAUUGCUAUUAUCUUAACGGGGAACAUUAGAGAAAUGAGACAUGUUGAUGGAAGAGCUUUUAGUUUCAGGUUUUUAUUUAGAUUUGAUCCAGUGACCUGUCCCAAGUAACUUUUUAACUGAACGCGCUUUCUGUAAAUGAACUUCAGAUAAAAAGCCAGCUCGGGGAUUCUUCUGCUGGAGUUUGAACACUGGACACCAAUGCUAUUAUUACUUCUAUUUAAUGACUUGUUCUUUAUACUUUCUGUCAUAAGGUUAUGCUUUUCCUAUAGUGUUUUGAAAUAAAUUAUUUUGAAUUGAA